AUGUCUGAAGAAAAUAUUAGUUAAAGAAAUUAGUUUGAGCUUGUCAAGCAUGCCAAUGCAGUGAAAAGAUUUGAGAAUCUCGAGAAGCUUAAGUUAAUUGAUCGUUUAGAAACAUUAGAGAAAAUUAAAAAAUCUAAUGAUAGAUUAGAAAUUAAGAAAUUUAUGUUUCAAUUACAACAAAGAAUGUUUGAUGCACCUGAUUAGUUUUCAAUUAUUAAAUUUUCAAUAGGUCUAAAGCUAAUUUUAGAGAAUAUGCCUAAAGAAGUGUAGAGAAAUUAAAGCGUGAUUCGAAACUUUCUCGCUCUCCUGAUUCACGCCAGACUACAGCAGCCGAGAAAUAAACAGAAAUAAAAGAAAUUGAGGUUAAACCAUUUAAAGUGUGAUAGUUUUAAUUAGUUAUAUAUGAUUGCAAUUAUCCAUACAAAUAUUAAUUAGUCUAAUAUUCAUCUAACUGGAUUAAAUGAUGAUCAAUUUUUAUUAUUCAAAAAUUAUAGAAUAAUUUUCAUAUGA